ACGGAAUGUUGUGACGUCACCGAAGGGCCGAGUGGUCACGUGGGCUGACAGUAUGGCGCGCUGCGCGACCGAUGCUGUGGGGGAUGUGGUGUUGGCCGGGGACCUGCUGACUUUCCCGGCUGCGCACAGCGCCAAGGUGCUCUGCGGGCCCGGCCUGCGGCGGCAGGGCUCUGGGCUGGGCCUGGCUGCUUGUAAGUCGGGGAUUCUAAGGCACAAGGAGCCCUCGGUGUAUUGGGUGGAUUCGCAGCAGAAGCGGUAUGUACCAACUAAAGGUGAAUAUGUGAUAGGAAUUGUGACCACAAAAUCUGGUGAUAUAUUUAAAGUUGACGUUGGAGGAAGUGAACAAGCCUCAUUAUCUUAUUUAGCAUUUGAAGGAGCCACAAAGCGAAACCGACCAAAUGUGCAAGUAGGAGAUCUUAUCUUUGCGCAGUUUGUUGUGGCCAAUAAAGAUAUGGAACCAGAACUGGUUUGCAUUGAUAGCUGUGGACGAUCCAAUGGGAUGGGAGUGAUUGGACCUGAUGGAUUAUUAUUUAAAGUUUCACUGAGUAUUGCACGCAAGCUACUUUCUCCAAACUGUGAAGUCAUCAAGAAUCUUGGAGAAUUGUACCCUUUUGAGAUAGUGAUUGGAAUGAAUGGACGGAUAUGGGUAAAAGCCAAAACACUUAAGCAUACUUUACUUGUAGCCAAUGUACUGGAAAGCUGUGAAAACAUGACGGCAGAGCAAAGGAAACGUGCCUUCAAAAAACUGUCUGAGAAUGUGCCGUGAAUCUUUGCCAUAUCUGAUUCAAUAAAAGUAUUUGUAAGUUAGGUAUGUUGGCCAUGUCUGGAUAUUUUAACUACUCAGCAUGUUGAUGGUCAAAUUUGACUUAUUCAUGCAAUGUACUUGAACUCUCAAACAGUUAUCGCAGCAACAUAGUGGACCAAAAGAAACAUUUAUCCAGGCUUGUGCUCCAGUGAUAAAAUUAAAAGGAACUGGGUCAUUUUCUUGGAGGUUUAACUUGAAGUGAAGCUUACCAAGAGUCUUGAUGUUAUGCAAGAAUGAGUUUUUCUUAAGUUUUAAAAUGCUACAAAGGUAAGGUUUUUGAAUGUUCAGAAUGAUCAAAUAUAAAUUUCCUGUUUUCAUUGUACCAAUCAAUUCUACAUCUGGGAAACAUCAUAGAAAUAAAAAUGCUAUAGUUCUGAAUAUAACAAUGUUUUGUUAUUUGUGUGGUGCACAAGAUUUAAGUAAUGCUCAGAAAAAUGAUAUUUUAAAUGCAAAUCAAUGCUAUGUUUUUCACAUGUAUAUUUCAGAUAUAUUUUGGUAGAUGAUAUUGGUUUUAAUCUGCACCAUUGUUGGAUUUUAAUCUUCACAUUUUUUUAUUUCAGAAAUAAACUGUUCAUAAAACAUAUGUACAAUAAGAAAACCAGUGCAAAAAGAUUUGUAUUAUUAGUGUCAUUUGCUCAAUAGUGGUGUUAACACUUUUAUAAACCAUAGUACCAUUGCCAUUCUUGUGGCCCCCUGGGGUGAUGCACUUCGCCAUCUGACUCAGCCCCUUCAUGUCCAAUAGCGGAAGGUCCCUAUACUGUGGUCCUUCCCUACAAAGCCUGGCUUCAGUGCAUCCCUCAGCAUUAACUCCUGCUGUCUGGAAUGUGCCAAUCGGCAGCAUUUCCUUACGGACAUCUCACUGUGCUGGAAGACCAAAAGUUUUAGGCAGACCUAAAAUUCUUUCACCGAGUUGAUCUUCCAGCAGCACCUGUCUCUUGUGUCACCUUGGGAACAGCUUGUAGAUCAGAGUCUUUACAUUUUUUUAAAAUUCCAAAAUAAACUUUAUUCUUCAUAAGAGACAAACUAUAUACAAUUGUAAAACAGUGCAAGCCUUUACAUUCUCAUACAGAUCAAUCAUUAGUGUUACCUUUUUUAUAUAUAAAAAAAAACACAGCACAGAUGCCAUGCGUGUGGCUCCCUGGGGGCUACCCAGUCCCAUAUUUACAAUAUUUAAGGGGCUUUCUUGCCUGACCCCACCCCUCCCCUCUCCAGUGGUAGAAGAACCCUAAACUGUCGUCCUUGCCCACUGAGCCCUUGCAUUGGCUGCACCCAGCUUCAGUGCGUCCCUCAGCACGCACUCCUGCAGCCUGGAAUAUGCCAGUCGGCAGCAUUCCCCUACAGACAUCUCGCAGUGCUGGAAGGCCAACAAGUUUCAGGCAGACCAAAGGGUGUCUUUCACCGAGUUGAUGACCUUUCAGCAGCAGUUGAUGUCCGUCUCUGUGUGUGUGUACCUGGGAACAGCCUGUAGAUCAGAGAAUCCUCUUAUGCAGCUGCUUGGGGAUGAACCAUGACAAGGACCCUUGCAUCUUUCACCACAACCUCCUCGCAAACCCACAGCCCACAAAGAGGUGGGCGACUGUCUCGUCCCCAGCGCAGUCUUUCCGGGGGCAGCGCGCGCUGGGACUGAUGUUCUGACGUGCAGGAAAGAUCUGACUGGGAGGGUCCCUCUCACCGCCAGCCAAGUGAACUCUUGGUGCUUGUUGGUGAGUUCUGGCGAUGAGGCAUUCUGCCAGAUGGUCUGAUCAGUCUGCUCAGGGAACCACCCCACAGUAUCCAUUGAGUCCUUCUGCAGUGUCUGCAGGAUGUUCUGUGCUGACCACUGCCUGAUGGACUUGUGGUCAAAGCACAUUGUCAUUGUUGCUGGGGUUUUUUUAUGAAGGAAUUCUACUUUAUGGUACAGCUCUGAGCUGUCCUCUCUCCCUUUUUCAGUGCAUAUCAAUGCUUGAACUUAGAUGAAUGUCCCUUUGGGCAUUCUUUUUAAAGUUAUUUCUUUCCAAAAAUGCCAAAUGUAUACAAUAUCCAUGUGGAUCUCAGUAAACCAAGGAUGAUCUCAGUUCAGUGAUUGGGACAACAGGAAUUCUGGGGAUCCGUAUAUGUAAAGUUGUUAAUGUGUACAUCUCUACAAUGUUGGAGAAAUCAGUUAUUCUACCAAAAAUGUAUGGUACUAAAAUUUCCUUACAAGGUUGUGGUUCCAUGUUUGCCUAAACUCAAAUUAUUAAAUGCUUUGAAUCUGAAAUUCAUUUACUUUUCAUCCCCAUCUUGCAUUUCCACUAUAUUGGAUCAGCUUCAAUCCAAGGAUAAAAUGAAAAGCAAUACUGAAAAUACUGGAAACACAUCUAUGAAGAGAAUAGGUAAGUUUGUCUCUGCCUAGAUUUGGCUUCUGAGGA